AAGCUGAACUUUCCAACAAAUUUCCACCCCUGCCUCUUUGCCCUUGAAAGCUAGAAGAAGCCUACUUUGUGCUAUUAGUGCAUGGUCUGUGCAUGGGCCAUAGGUAAUUACCUCAUAUAGCCAGGGGUUGCAGCAUCAUGCAAGCCAAGCUUAAGGUGUCAAGGAAACCUCGGCUAUCAAUCCGUAGAUUGCGCCAUCAGCCCACCUGGCGUCUCGAUUGAUGACAUGAUGUUAUCGCUCUCCCCGAACAUCACACUUACGGCCCUAUUUUAAGAGUCAGCAAGAGCCCGCACACGCGCGCAAAGUACGUCUGCAAAAAUGCUCAUAAUCGGCCUAACCGGCUCCAUCGCGACGGGGAAGUCCACCGUGUCGGGCAUCCUCUCGUCGCCGCCCUACUCGCUCCCCAUCAUCGACGCCGACCUCCUCGCCCGCCAGGUGGUCGAGCCCGGCACGGCGGGCUACAAGGCGAUCGUCAGCCACUUUGGCCCGACGACGCCGGACCUGCUGGUGCCGCCGUCGUCGCCGUCGAUGCCCGAGGCCGGCCCGGACGGCAAGGGGAGGCCGCUGAACCGGCCGGCGCUGGGCCGGCGCGUGUUCGGGUCGGGCGAGGAGCACCGCCGCGACCGCGCCGUGCUCAACGGCAUCGUGCACCCGGCCGUGCGGAGGGCCAUGUACGGGGCCGUGGUGCGGGCGUACGCGCGCGGCGGGCGCGCCGUCGUGCUUGAUGUGCCGCUGCUGUUCGAGAGCGGCAUCGACCGCAUCUGCGGGGCCGUCGUCGUCGUCGCGGUCGGGGACCCCAAAGUGCAGAUGGCGAGGCUGAGGGCGAGGGACCCGCACCUCAGCGCUACCGAUGCGGAGAAUAGGGUGCGCAGCCAGGGGGACGUCAGGGUCAAGGCUAGGAGGGCGGAGGCGAGGGGGGAGGGGUGGGGAGUGGUGGUGUGGAAUGAUGGGGAUAGGGAGCAGUUGGGGAAGGAGGUCGAGCGCGCCAUGGCGGAGAUACAGAGAGCCAGUCCGGCGUGGUGGAGCUGGACGCUGCUGUUGUGCCCGCCGGCUGCUGUUGUGGUCGGCUUGUGGACGUACUGGCAGAACACGAGGAUCAACAGGAGGUGGGCCGCGUUGGAGCUGGAGGAGAAGUCUAAGCUCUGAGGUCCCAGGUCUUUCUUCGUGACGGGUAGGCAAACAAGCUGGCCACCGCCGUCGUGCCUUCCCUUGAGUUGGAGAUGGAGAAGUCUUAAGCUCCGAGUAUCUUUGGUCUUGGGCGGCAGGCAGGCAUAAUUACAGGCUGGCCGCCGCCGUCGUGCCUUCUCCUUAUGACAACCGACCCCUGAGGUUCAGUCGAACUCCGGCGACUUAAACCGAGCAUCGCUUAGCCGACAAUUGUUACAUUGCAAACCAUCAUUCUUUUUUUGGACUUCUUCCAGUGUCUAUUCAGUGGGUAGCCAGCAGGCAGGCACACCAGCCAUCGGCAUCGUCGUACCUUCCCCUUUUGAC